GUUCGGCUUCAACUGGAAAAUACGAGAUUUAAAGGUCCCGUAGAUUGUUUAAUGCAGACAGUCAAGCAAGAAGGAUUUCUAGCGCUUUACAAAGGGAUGGCUAGUCCUUUAGUUGGUAUAGGUGCUGUGAAUGCCUUACUUUUUGCCGCUUACUCUCGUUUCAAAUCGAUUCAGGCCACGACAUUUGAUGAGCAACUACCUCUUCAUAAGAUCGCAAUAGCUGGAGCAGUUAAUAGCGUGCUCGCAUCUCCCGUAGAAUUGCUAAAAAUAAAGAUGCAAGCACAAUAUGGAUCAACUAGUAGCGGCGGUCUUUACAAAGGACCGCUUGACUGUGCUCAGCAUUUAAUUCGCGAGUUUGGGAUAAGAAAUGGAUUGUUCCGAGGAUUCUGGGCUACUGUAUUUCGAGAGAUACCAGCAUAUGGGGGUUUUUACAGCGGGUUUGAGUUCAUCAAAAGGAAACUUACACCGGAGGGCACCGAUCCCAACAGUUUACCACCAAGCAAGCUAAUGGUCGCUGGGUCUUUUGGAGGACUUUCCUACUGGCUAUGCUGUUACCCUUUGGAUGUAAUCAAAUCUAAAGUAUGUCAUUCAUUCAUAUCAACCGGAGAUUUGUCGUAUCACAAUUAG